UAACUCAGGUUCUCCAAUAGACACAAUCAGAGCCAACUGUAGACAGCGUUCGACGUCAAAAGAAAUUUACGAAACACAAAAAUGUUGAAAUUAUUUGGUCUCUUAAUUUUGGGCGCCAGUGCUGUUCUUGCCAUUGAAUAUCCUUUGGGCCCAGGACACAUUUACCACGCCCCGGCUGCCAUUAUAAAGCCUGCUUUGGUUAAGACAGUAGAAGUGGAAGCUCCAGCUCACUACGACUUCACCUAUUCUGUGCAUGACGAGCACACGGGGGACAUUAAGAGCCAAACAGAGUCUCGCAAAGGAGACCAAGUGCAUGGCCAAUACACCUUGGUGGAUGCUGACGGCCACUUGCGUACAGUUGACUAUACCUCCGAUGCUCACAAUGGCUUCAAUGCUGUUGUACGCCGCGAGCCUUUGGGACAUAAGGUGAUCAAAGCCGUUGCUCCCGUUGCUAAAGUCUUAACAAUUGGAGCUCCAAAGAUUGCCUAUCCCUUGGCCUAUCACCAUUAAUGCAUUAUCUGCACUCAUAAUCAAUGCGAUAUCGUGCACGACUGCCACUAUUGACCGAAUAUCAUUUCCCCUAUAUCUCUUAUCGAAUCUAUGCAUGUCUGCAAUAUGAGUCAUUUAAGUCUUCCACCAAGCACCCUGCCUUUGGAUACAUCCUGCGCACCUCCGUGCAGGAUUGCCGCUGCCUUCUAUCACUCCAUCUUUCGCACAUUGUACGAGUAUGUAUCAAAUAGAUCUGGGCGCACCUAGAACCAUCUCCUCCCAUCCAACCUCUCACCGUCAUUCUUUGUAAAUACAUAUGUAUAUAUAUAUAUAUAUCAUUUCGAGUGUAAAAACUAUAAUACAUACAUAUCGAUAAUUUUAUUAGAUUACAUACUUACAUAAAAUCAUGUGGUUAAAUCCACAAACACCUAAUCUUGUUACAACAC